CAGCUCAGAGUGCUUCUCAACACUGAGGAGUCUCACUCUGCCUCUCUCUGCUCCGGAUGUGAAGGAGACUAUACGCAGCACACUAUCUGAAAGUUUCUCUGCCUUCUCUGGCUGGCUGAAAUCCGAGGAAGUGAUUCCCUAUAGGACGAGACUCCUCUCUCUCAGGAACAAUUUCAUCUUCUCGCAUCACCUACCACAUCAUGGCUGUAGUUCUCCACUCCAGCCCCAUCUUUUGGACACGGCUGGCCGCCGUGAUCUUCUCCUGCGUGGCCUUCUCCGUGGCCGUGCAUGGCGGCAGGCUCUCCCACGGCACCGGGGACUGGUGCAUCUUCUGCUGGGCCUUCGGUUUCGCCGGGACCCUCCUCGUCAUCCUGGUGGAGCUCUUCGGCCUGCAGACCAGAGCCCCUGUGUCCUGGAAAAACUUCCCCAUCACCUUCGCCUGCUACGCCGCUCUGUUCUGCCUGUCCGCCUCCAUCCUCUUCCCUCUCUAUUAUCUCAAGGGCUCCAUUGCCCAAAGUGAAACCCGCGACUACCGCAUCGUGUCCACCGUCUUCUCCUGCCUGGCCACCAUCGCCUACAUCAGCGAGGUGAGCAUGAGCAAGGCGCGUCCGGGAGAAGUUGCCGGCUACAUGGCGACAGCUCCAGGCCUCCUGAAAGUCUGCGAGACCUUUGUGGCCUGCAUCAUCUUCGUCUUCGUCAGCGACCCCGUGACUUAUGACCGUCACGACGCACUCAAGUACUGCAUGUCGGUCUACUGCAUCUGCUUCAUCCUGUCGGCGGUCAUCAUCCUGCUCUGCAUAGGCGAGUGCACCGGCUGCCUUCCCUUCCCCUUCGCACGCUUCCUGUCCUCCUACGCCCUGCUGGCUGUGGUCCUCUAUCUGUCGGCGACUAUCAUCUGGCCCAUCUUCAACUUCGACCCCAAUAAUGGAGGGACGAAAAAUAGGCCCAGCAACUGCAGCAUCGCACAGGGUUUGUGUGUGUGGGAUAAGAACAUGGCGGUGUCUGUGCUCACGGCGGUCAACUUCGUCCUUUACCUGGUCGACCUGAUCUACUCUUCCCGCCUGGUGUUUGUGAAUGCUUGAAGGGAAGUGAAAGGGUUUUAAGCUGGCAGUAUGCACCAAAUAAAAUUGAAUAUGGCAGGUUUUCAAAGGCCAAAUGUCAAAUACAGUGCUGCAAGCAUGUGCAAGUGUAAUCAAUGCGACUCUGAUCUGUUUGUAUGAUGGCAUCCGAUUCUCACACUAGAUGCAGAAGAGUGUAGAGUUAUACCCUAAUUGGUGUAGUGUUUUGCAGAAUUGCAGUCUGGUUUGACAUUAUUUGGUGAUGGAAUUUAAAAUAAAAGGAUUUUAUUUCACUAUCUUUCUGGAGAAGUUGAAGUUUCCCAAAGCACCUGUGUAAUGGUAGACCCAGGAUGUAGAGAUAAUGUGAAAGGGACAUUUAUUUUUUAGAGAUAUCAAAAAUCUACCUAGGCAAUCAAACCAGAUCUUGUGUUAUUUUUACCAAGACUUUGCCUGUGCAAACCUGCCACAUUUAAUUUUGAGUGAAGUAUACUGCUUAGGACCGUAGAGAGAAAGAGAAAAGAGGAAUUCAAUGGCUAUGUUUACAAAUACAACAAUAUUCCCUUAUCAUAAAAUACCAAGGCUUUCUGCUCAUAAAUGUCAAACCUUGCUUGACUCUAUUUUGAGAGACUUGAAUGUAAUUGCUGAAUCUUUUUCAUCCAUUUUAAUUGCAAGUAAUUGCCCAAUACAGUAUUUCAUGUAUAGAUGUUCUGGAGUAAGCUAUAAAAAUGAUCUCACAGACAAGAAUGUUAAAAAAUAAUACAUGCUACUGUAACAGCCAAAUACUGUGCAUGUAAACAUAGUCUGUGAUGACAAAUGAAGAAAUACCAAAGAAAUUGGCGGCUUAUUAUUGUGUUUUUGUUGUUUCUUUGCAUGAUGUAUACAGUAAGUUGGGCUCUGUCUAAGUGUGUGCUCAAUUUGAUAAAAAGUUACGACCAAUCUUUAUUGAAAGCCAUACAAUUUAAAAUCCAAUACUUUAAAGAAAGUUUCAUUUCUGUUUUUCAAUUGGUUUUGUUUUCCAAAAAGGAGGAAGACCAGCUGAUCAGAUUGUAUAAUUCUUGUAAUUUGUACACCAAUUCUGUCUCGGUGUAUCUGCAGGCUACAAUCAAUGGUUAGAAUAUAUGUGGAAAGAAAACAUGGAAGACGUGGUGUUUAAAGUAGGUUUUUUUUAAUGCCUUUUAAAUGUCUGUUGGAUCAAAAAUAUCUAAUCACCUAUAAACACCAAACUCACACCACUUAAUUCAUAUGUAUAUGUCAAUUGGGUCUAUUGGUUUUGUACUGCUGUAAUAAAUACUCAGAGAAAGUUACUAAAAUGGAUGCUUCUCUCUCUCUGGAAGUGGUUAGUGUUAUAUUCUUAGCCUUUUCAUAUUCCACUGUUCGUGUUUCAAUUGUGCAUACCACAUCAGUGUUGUAGGAGAACAUAAUCUAUUGUUUCAAUAAACCACAUGUUAAACAGA